GGUCCGCUGGCCUAGAUUAUAUGUUCGUGUACCGUUAGUGUAGAAAUUACGCGUGCCAUUACGAAAGACCUAAGCUGCGACAUUGAAACGGUCUUGAAACUUAUGUGACUUUUAUGAACAAAACAAGGAAAACCGUACUGCAAAGCGACAGUGGAACUGUAUGUGAAGAAGGACGACACUAUCGGAUUUAUAUAUUUUGGAAUAAUAUUUGCUGAAUUUAACUCGCAGAUGGUUGAUGUUUUGAAGUGAAAAGCGUGAAUGACAUGACGGCAAACGUUAUCUUUUAUUAUUGAUGUUGGAAUAGCGAAGCGGCGAAAACACCGUAAGCUCGCCCAAAAUCGCCCUAAAAUGGCUCUGUUUGAGCCAGGAGGGUCUGUAAAGUGGAUGCAGUCAUCGUGGUAUAUGUAUUUCGUGGUUUUUGUUCUCUGCCUCUCAAUAUCAGGGGCGACUGCAGAAUGCAACUGCACAUCUGACUGUGUAGUAGACUGUCCUAGUGGCCAGUAUUCCAACUCAUCGGGGGAUUGUUUACAGUGCCCACCAGGAUUUUAUUGUGAUGGAGGCACACAGGCUCCCUUGCCCUGUGGUUCAGGGACGUUUAACUCCGACCCUGGCGGAUCAGAUCUAAUUGAUUGCUCGGCAUGUCCAAGCGAUGGGUACUUCAGUCUUGCAGGGGCGGAGACCUGUACACUAUGCCCAGCUGGCAGCAAAUGCAAUUCAUCGACCGGCACCAUGACAGCAUGUUCUGACGGUCAGUACUCUCUGGCCGGGGAUAUGACCUGCUUGGAAUGCCCAGAUGGGUUGUACUGCCCAUCGGUCUACAAUGAACCCAUGAUAUGUCCGAGUGGACACGUGCCCUUUUCUAACCAGACUGGAUGUGAAGAAUGUGGUGCAGGCACCUACGCCUAUAAUGGAACAGUCUCGUGUCAGCAAUGUCCACCAGGCUACAAGUGUCCAACCGCUGGCCUUGAUGGACCUAUUCAAUGCGCUACAGGUUACUUUUCAAGUGCGGCUGGUUCUGACACCUGUAGCCAGUGCACACAAGGCUAUUACUGUAAUUCCACAACACAGACAAUCUGUGAGGUUGGGUAUUAUAGCAAUGCAGGAGCUACAUCUUGUACAGGGUGUCCAGAUGGAUAUUCAUGCAGUGGCCCUGAAGGUCCUGUGGAAUGUCUGGCUGGAACCUAUGCAGGUAGCGGAAGCGAUAGCUGUGCAGCCUGUGAGGCAGGGUUCUACUGCCCUCUGAAUGGAACAACCAUGCAUAUUCAAUGUCCUGAUGGGUAUUAUGCCUCUGGGUCGAACUCUAAGGCCUGCACAGAAUGCACUGCAGGAUAUUACUGCACACCAUCAUCAAUCGCGCCCUGUGCCGCUGGAUACUACAGCAAUGUUGGAGCAGAGUCAUGCUUGCAAUGUCCUGGAGGCUACUCUUGCAGCGGAACAGCAGAACCAGUCCAAUGCCUGGAAGGAACCUACAGUUUUAACGGAACUGAGAGCUGUACUCAAUGUGAUGCAGGGUUCUACUGUCCUUUGAACGGGACGAUUGAACAGAUUCAGUGCCCUGAUGGCUACUAUAAUCCCGGAAGCAGUCCAGAAUCCUGUAUGCCAUGUGCAGCGAAUUCUUACUGUACACCUUCUAGCCAAGUCUCUUGCGAUGAAGGGUACUACAGCGAGGCAUUGGCCACUUCUUGCAGUUCUUGUCCUGGUGGCUUUGAAUGUCCUGGAGGAGGUGCAGCUGCAAGCCAGUGUGAUGAAGGUUUUUAUGCUCGUAAUGGCAGUGCUGCCUGCAGCCGUUGUGAUGUCGGACACUACUGUCCUGUCAGUGGAACAAUUGAGCCUAUCAUCUGUCCUGGGGGUUACUAUUCUAAUUCCACUGGAGCUUCGCAAUGCGUCAUUUGUGAUGCUGGUUACUAUUGCACCCCAUCUUCAAUUACACCAUGUGCCGCUGGAUACUACAGCAAUGCUGGAGCAGAGUCAUGCUUGGAAUGUCCUGGAGGCUACUCUUGCAGCGGAACAGCAGAACCAGUACAAUGCCUUAAAGGAACCUACAGUUUCAAUGGAAGCGAAAGCUGUACUCAAUGUGACGCAGGGUUCUACUGUCCUUUGAACGGGACGAUUGAACAGAUUCGGUGCCCUGAUGGCUACUAUAAUCCCGGAAGCAGUCCAGAAUCCUGUAUGCCAUGUGCAGCAGAUUAUUACUGUACACCUUCUAGCCAAGUCUCUUGCGAUGAAGGGUACUACAGCGAGGCAUUGGCUACUUCUUGCAGUCCUUGUCCUGGUGGCUUUGAAUGUCCUGGAGGAGGUGCAGCUGCAAGCCAGUGUGAUGAAGGUUUUUAUGCUCGUAAUGGCAGUGCUGCCUGCAGCCCUUGUGAUGUCGGACACUACUGUCCUGUCAGUGGAACAAUUGAGCCUAUCAUCUGUCCUGGGGGUUACUAUUCUAAUACCACUGGAGCUUCGCAAUGCGUCAUUUGUGAAGCUGGUUACUAUUGCACCCCAUCUUCAAUUACACCAUGUGCUGCUGGAUACUACAGCAAUGCUGGAGCAGAAUCAUGCUUGCAAUGUCCUGGAGGCUACUCUUGCAGUGGAACAGCAGAACCAGUCCAAUGCCUGGAAGGAACCUACAGUUUUAACGGAACUGAGAGCUGUACUCAAUGUGAUGCAGGGUUCUACUGUCCUUUGAACGGGACGAUUGAACAGAUUCAGUGCCCUGAUGGCUACUAUAAUCCAGGAAGCAGUCCAGAAUCCUGUAUGCCAUGUUCAGAAGGUUAUUACUGUACACCUUCUAGCCAAGUCUCUUGCGAUGAAGGGUACUACAGCGAGGCAUUGGCCACUUCUUGCAGUUCUUGUCCUGGUGGCUUUGAGUGUCCUGGAGGAGGUUCAGCUGCAAGCCAGUGUGAUGAAGGUUCUUAUGCUCGUAAUGGCAGUGCUGCCUGCAGCCCUUGUGAUGUCGGACACUACUGUCCUGUGAGUGGAACAGUUGAGCCCAUCAUCUGUGCAGAUGGCUACGUCUCCAACACCACAGGAGCCUCUGAGUGCACCCAAUGUGAAGCAGGUUACUUCUGCGACCCGACCUCCCAGACCCCUUGUGACCCAGGCUCUUCCAGUUCUGCCGGUGAAACAUCCUGUACAACCUGUCCUGGUGGUUAUGAGUGCCCUGGAGAUGGGGCUCUUGCUGCUAUUUGUGAUUCAGGUUACUACGCCCUUAACGGAAGCUCCUCGUGCAAGGAAUGCGAGAUAGGUUUCUUCUGCCCCGUCUCAGGAACAGUUGAGCGGAUCGCUUGCACCACAGGUUACUAUGCCAACGAGACCGCAUCACAGUCUUGCGAGCAGUGCCCUGAGGGGUACCGUUGCACCUCAUCCCACCUGAGUCCUGUCAUCUGCCCUCGCGGGUCCUACGCACUGGCAGGGUCCACGUCAUGUACUUCAUGCGGGGAUAGCGAAUAUGCAGAUAGUACAGGUCUAUCAUCGUGUAUGGCAUGCCCAGAAGGGUACUCUUGUAACAGCACUAUGGCAUCACCUCAAAUAUGUGCACCGGGAACAUACAGCCCUGAAGCCAGCAAGUAUUGUUUAGAAUGCCCCGAUGGAAGCUACAUGGAUUUACCAGGCCAAGCGUCCUGUGCUGCAUGCCCUGCUGGCUCUGCGUGUUUGGACAAAACAUCAGUCCCCAGCCCGUGUCCGGAUGGCUAUUACUCUCUGGCCAACGCCACCACCUGUAUCCCGUGUCCAGGGGGCUACCAGUGCACCGUCCAGUCAUCUGACCCCGUGCUCUGUACAGCUGGAACCUACGCGCCCAACGGUAGCGUGGCGUGCCAGGACUGCAUUGUGGGCUUCUACUGCCCUGUUGAUGGAUUAGUGGAACCAAUCGGAUGUAUUGAUGGGACAUUCAGCAACGAUACCAAUGCUAUUGGCUGUAUGGUCUGCCCGGCUGGGUCUGAAUGCUUUGACCACUACUCAACCCCUUCUCCCUGUUCAGAGACGUACUACUCCCUAGGGGGCAACUCCACAUGCACCAUCUGCCCCGCCGGAUACAGAUGCCCCACGACUGAUGCUGAACCGAUCAUAUGCCAAGCCAGUCAAUAUGCGAGCCUUGGACAAACAUCCUGCGAAGACUGUCCUAAGGGAUCGUACUGCCCGUACGACGGGUCUAGCGCUCCCACAGUGUGUUCGGCCGGCUGGUAUGCAGAUUCUCUUGGAAAUGCGAACUGUACUGAAUGCCCAAUGGGUUACCAGUGUGCUGACGAAACGAAGGCUCCUCAGGCCUGUCCUCCGGGUUACUACACAGAUCAGACAGGACAAGAGACAUGUAUCACGUGUGCUGCAGGGACCUACCAGACCGCGUCGACCCAGACGAGCUGUAUUGAGUGCCCCGCUAACUUCCGCUGCUCAAACAAUACCCAAGAACCCAUUGCAUGCGAGGCUGGCUUUUUUUCAACAAGUGGGUCAACCAGCUGUGCGUCUUGUCCUAUUGGUCAAGCAUGUGGGUCUUCAGGUCAAGGGUUAUGUCAGGUCGGUGAGUACUCCAACGGCACCGACUGUCUGCCCUGCCCCCAGGGAUUCAUGUGCCCCUCGCCGUUGGGCAACCCCCAAGCCUGCCCCAGCGGUACUUACCAAGACACCACAGGCAAAUCCACCUGUUACCUUUGCCCUGGUGGUUCCUCCUGCCUCUCGGUCAGCGGGUCUCCGACAGCUUGUGACCCCGGCUACUACAGUCUUAGCGGUCAGCAGGUAUGUAGCGUAUGUCCGGAGGGGCAGUGGAGCGAGGAGGGCGUGUCGUCCUGCAGCAUUUGUCCGGCCGGUCAGGAGUGCCUGAACGGGUCGGCUAGGAUACAGCCGAGGAACUGCACAGCAGGGACGUAUGCGGCGCAGGGUGUGGGUAUCUGUACCCCUUGUCCACUUGGAAUGUACAGCCUGGAGCAGGCUUCGUCAUGUACCCCAUGCCCAACAGGGUCUCUGUGUCUGGUAGCCAGCGAUUUACCAGCUACAUGCCCCAAUGGAACAUACAGUGGACUGGGAGAGGGAACAAUGUGCACUGACUGUCCAGCUGGUUUCUAUUGCCCUGACCCUGUCAACGUUCCCCAGCCGUGCCCCUACGGGACGUACUCUUCGGCCAGGAACGACUCCUGCACACCGUGUCCAGAGGGAAUGUCUUGCCUCGACCCUGCAGAUGCUCCAGCGGCUUGCGACAGUGAAUACUACAGUCCUGAGAUGAUUCCAAUGUGUCUCCUGUGCCCUGCCGGUUUAAGCUGCUCCCUCGGCUCAACAGCUAACUGUACUGAGGGAGAGUACAGCCUUGCGAGCGAGGCCACCUGCACUGCUUGCCCCUCUGGGUACGCCUGCCCCUUCACUGACCAGCCCCCUGUGGCCUGUGCGUUCGGUCAGUCGACCAACGGGUCAAGGGGCCAUACGGAAUGCUCUGAUUGUCCGGCUGGCAUGUACUGCUCUGAUCCAUCACUGGCGCCAGGUAUAUGCGCAGCGGGAUCCUACAGUUUGGCCCUCUCCACCGCCUGUAUCAACUGCCCUGCUGGCUAUGCCUGUGCCAACACUGACGACGCCCCCACCGCCUGUGAACCGGGCUACUACUCAGUGGCAGCCCAGACGUCUUGUACCCCGUGCCCAGAGGGCCAGGCGUGCCCUUCGACCUCUGACCCCACAGCUGCCGUGAAUUGCCUUGAAGGCUCCUACUCUCUUGGCAACCAAUCCACCUGUACCAUCUGCCAGCCCGGUUAUAUCUGUCCAAACACCACGACCGAUGCUUACAUAGCCUCCUGCCCUGAAGGAGCUUACGCUAGACUGGGGGCAGCCUACUGCACGACGUGCCCCGCCGGCUGGCAGUGCCCGCUGGCAGACGGGAGCGGCAAUGCAAAGUGUGGUGCAGGUUAUUUCUCUGAGGGCGGACUAAUUGAGUGCCACGCCUGUCCAGCAGGAUACCAAUGUCCAUCCACAUCGGUCAACAGCUCCGUUCCCUGUGGCAUUGGCUACUACUCUGACGCUGGAGCACAGUCUUGCACAAGAUGUCCGCCCGGCAAGGAAUGUCCAGACCGUGAUGAUUCUUCCACCGUCGCUGAUUGCGAGGAGGGCUACUACAGUGGAGGUGGUCAAGAGAGCUGUACAAUCUGCCCCGCUGGAAAGGCUUGCCCUUACACGUCCAGCACAUACCAGAAGUCAUGCACAGAAGGCUACUAUGCAGUAGCAGGCUCAACGGAAUGUACUUCAUGUCCUGCAGGAGAGUUCUGUAAUGACACAAAGACUUCACCCGAAACCUGUCCAGAUGGAUAUUACAGUGAAGGUUUGCAGUCGGCCUGUACGCCUUGCCCCAUUGGCUACUACUGCCCGAUGGCGGAUGCGGCACCUGUCAUCUGCGAUGCUGGUUACUAUAGCAACCAGUCUAGCUCAGCUUGCGACACCUGUGAUCCAGGCUAUGCUUGCUCAGAAGGAUCGACCAGCCGCACACCAACAGAAGGACUCUGUAAACAAGGUUAUUACUGUGAAGAUGGACUUAACGAGCUUGCGUGUCCGGCCGGUACUUAUGGGAACAGGACCAACGCAGCCACAGCAGAGGAAGGGUGUGCUGCAUGCCCAGAAGGUUAUUUCUGUCCUCAGGAUCCUGUCAUUGGGACCCCCACUGUGGAGUACUUGUGCCCCCGCGGGUAUUUCUGUGAGUUCUCUACCGAGACAUCCACCGAACACCCCUGCGAGGCCGGCUCCUAUGGUACGGACCUCGGAUUUACGAGUCAAGACGACUGUUCAAACUGCCCCAUUGGGUACUACUGCCCUGCAGGUACCAGUUUGCCACGAGCUUGUCCCAAGGGUUACUACUGUCCUGAGGGCACUGGGGCAGGUGGCGACUACCCUUGCCCAGAUGGUACAUUCACAGAAGUGGAAGGAGCCGAAUCUCAAACGGAAUGCAAGACUUGCCCUGCUGGUUACUACUGCCCAUCGGGUACCGACACACCCCAGGCCUGCCCUGCUGGCACCUUCAAUCCCUCUGUUGGGCAGAAUGAGGAAACCGACUGUACCGACUGUACCGCCGGUUACGCCUGCACAACCAUUGCCUUGGUAGAGCCUGAUACCUUCUGCUACCCUGGGUACUUUUGUCCACUAGGAAGUGACAGUCCUAACGCUGCUGCAAACGCUUGCCCAGCUGGAACGUUUAAUGACUUUCACAAUCUGACCGCAGCCUUCCAGUGUGACACCUGCGAAGAAUCGUUUGCUUGUUAUGAAGGUACGGGCGGUAUCCAACAGCCUCCUUCGGUAUGCGCCGAGGGUCACUACUGUCCAGCAGGUACUCAGCACUCUGACCAGUACCCCUGUCCAGCUGGCUCCUGGACCAACCAAACCAAUCUGAAAUCAGUUGAAGAAUGCUACGAAUGUCCCAGAGGAUACUACUGUUUAGAAGCAUCAACAGAACCGACUGCACAGUGCCCAACAGGACACUACUGUCCAGCAGGGACCCAGUCAGCCAACCAGUAUCCGUGCCAUGCCGGCUCCUACUCCAAUGACGAGGGGAACAUCAGAUGGGAGCAGUGCGUUGAUUGUACGGAGGGCCACUACUGCCCAGAAGGCUCAUCGUUACCAACAGCAUGCCCAGCUGGAACUUUCCGUGAGGAAGAAGAAGGCCAGAGUGAAUCAGACUGUUCUACAUGCACGGACGGUCACUAUUGUAAUGGAACAGGCAACGUUGAACCAGCUGAAUGCUCCAAAGGAACAUAUUCUGACUGGGGAGCCACUGAUUGUACCACGUGUGAGGCGGGUUACUACUGCGAUGUACGAGCCACCACACAAGACAACAUGUACGCCUAUAAGAUCUGCCCUGCCGGAGUCACCUGUGACUACGGACGCACCACUGCUCCAGAUCUCUUUAGCAACGCUUGCGUGGCCGGCUCAUACUGCUUGAGUGGAGAUAAGGACCCGUUCCCCCGACACUGUCCCAACGGAACCUACAGCGAUGAGACGGGUCUGAUCCAGGAAUCUGAAUGCCAGACCUGUCCUGCAGGGCAGUACUGCAAUCCCACAGGACUCACAUCACCAGCGGGCGACUGUCCAGGUGGUUAUUACUGUCCCGCGGGAACGGCCGAUCCUUACGAGAACCCCUGCCCGGCGUCCUUCUACCUCAACGCAAGUGCUGGUGAAGACUCGCAAGGAUGUACCCUUUGUAUCGCUGGUUACUACUGUCCAACGGAAGGUCUAUCGUGGCCCUUGGAAUGCACACAGGGAUCCUUCUGCCCCGCCGGCAGUCAGUUCCCCCAGCCCUGCCCCACCGGUACCUACGGUAACUCCACCCUCCUGCGUCGCAGCGAGGACUGCACACCCUGUCCGGGUGGCUAUUACUGCGAGGGUGCAGGCAACCUGGAACCCACGGAUGUAUGCGAUGCUGGCUUCUACUGCUCCUGGAAAGCUGUGUCAUCUGCUCCUGUUGAUGGCUUUACUGGAGGUGUCUGUCCACCGGGAGGCUACUGCCCUGCUGGUACGGCGUUCCCUGCCAACUGCCCUCUAGGAACCUACAGUAACUCAUCAGGUUCUAAGUCACCGGAUGAUUGCAUCGCUUGUGACCCCGGAUACUACUGUGCUGGUGACAACAACCCCGAGCCCACAGGCCCCUGCAACCCCGGGUACUACUGCACCGGAGGCUCUGGUACCAGCAUCCAACACGAGGUCCCAGAGGGCCACUACAGCGGCAGUGCUGCGUACAAGGCCGAACCGUGCGAACGCGGCACCUACACGACCGCCACAGCGUCUUCGUCCUGUUUGGACUGCCCUCAGGGGGCGUAUUGUAACGAGUCUGGGACUGCAACUCCGCAGCCGUGUCUUAGUGGUCAUUACUGUCCGCCACGGACUAUUAUACCCAUUCCAUGCCCAGAGGGUACAUAUCGUGUAGAGCCCAGUGCUCAGGAGGUUGGAGACUGCCCUUCAUGUCCACCAGGGAAGUAUUGUGGUGAGACUGGCCUGUCCACCUGGAGUGGGGACUGUGCUGCUGGACACUACUGCAUCGGAGGAGCUGACACCUCGCAUCCGUAUAUAACAGAAUGUGCCAAUUCCACUAUACUCGGGGGUGGGGAGUGUCCGGCCGGAUACUACUGCCCAGAGGGGACCGAGACGCCCAUCUCCUACCCAUGCGAGAAUGGAACCUUCCUGAACGUGACCGGAGGUCAGGAGAUGGCCGACUGCUUGGACUGCCCAGGAGGCGAGGUCUGCGGAGGAUAUGCACUUACCGAACCCAAUGAGCUCUGUGCACCAGGGUACUUCUGUAUCGGCAAGGCCAAGACCAAGUACCCCACGGAUGGAGACUCUGGGAACAUCUGCCCCGUCGGUCACUACUGUCCCGAGAGUUCCCCUGCGGCCAUGAGAUGUCCGGACGGGGAGUUCAACAAUAUAACUGGAAGAGCGGAAUGUUUCACUUGCCCACAAGGAUUCUACUGUGCCGACGGUGAGCGUCUCCUGGAAUGCCCACGAGGUCAUUACUGUCCCGAGGGUACCGGUAGCAACGGGUCCAUCCCCUGCCCCCGUGGGACUUACAAUCCGGACCUGGGACUAGCCUCGGAGGACCAGUGCCAGCCCUGUGCUCCAGGGUACUACUGCACCCAGCUUGGGGCCUACUCAUUUGGAAUAGCGAACGCAUCGGCAGGUCCGUGUGAUCCUGGCUUCUUUUGCCAAUCAGGUGUGAACAUCAUCAACCCGGACGGCGAGACCAACAGCGGGAUCGGCGGACCGUGCCCUCAAGGUUUCUUCUGUCCGCAGCAGACCUCCAUUCCUCAGCCGUGCCCAAACGGGACCUACUCAGACGCCCUCUAUCUGUCCGAGGAGUCACAGUGCGAGGCAUGUGAUCCAGGGUUCUACUGCGGUACUUAUAACCUGACUGGACCACAGGCUCCCUGCGAUCCUGGGUUCUACUGUCACUACGGCUCCUCCUAUCCCAACCCCAUCGGAGACGACAUCACUGGCGCUCCUUGUCCCGUGGGGACCUACUGCGAGGCAGGGUCCAGCGAGCCCAUCGGCUGCCCGCCGGGAACAUACAACGAGAACACCCAACAGUCGGAAUGCCAGACCUGUCAGGGUGGCUGGUAUUGUCCUGGAAACGUGUCCAACUUCAGGCCAUUCGACUGCCCAGCCGGUUUCUACUGCCCUAAUGGUACCGAGCACGCUUAUCAAUACCCAUGUCCAAAGGGAACCUACCGACCCAACGAGAACGGGCACACCCUGGCGGACUGUACCAUUUGUGAUCCAGGGAAGUACUGUGCUUACGAGGGAAACACCACAGUCACCGGAGACUGCGAUGAAGGUUUCUUCUGUAUCCAAGGUGCUUGGACUGCUCAACCGAUGGACUUUGACAACUACACCGAUGGCGAUUGCCUCUGUCCUAGCUUGAGCACUGGAGGGCGCUGUCAGCCUGGUUACUACUGUCCACGAGGAUCGAUUGAACCGGAGGAAUGCACAGAAGGAAACUAUUGUGACGUUGAAGGUCUAGCCGAUGUAGCAGGGAAGUGUAUGGAAGGCUUCUAUUGCAUCAGCACAGCAGUGAGACCUGAUCCUACGGAUGGUAUCACGGGUGAUAUAUGCCCUAGAGGAAGAUACUGCGGAAAUGGAACUGGAGCCAACCCUUCUAUGUGCCCAUCUGGGACUUAUUCCAACAGCACUGGUCUAAUGAUAGAGUCCCAAUGCACAGACUGUACAGCAGGGUCCUACUGUGAAGCUCCUGGACUAACACAACCAACUGGACUGUGUGAUCCAGGUUAUUACUGCCCAACCGGUCAGUCCUCUAGCAGCCCCUUCCCCUGCGGUGAAGGGUAUUACUGCGAGGAAGGCAGUGCCAAUGAGACCGCUUGCGUAUCAGGGACCUACCAGGACGAUACCGGACAGUCAUCAUGCAAACUCUGCAAUGGAGGAUACUACUGUGACGUGGCCGAUGCCCCCAUCUCGAUCUACACCAUCUACCCUUGUCCCGUGGGGCACUACUGCAUGAAUGGAACCGAGUUCAGCACCCAGUACCCCUGCCCAGCCGGAACGUACAACCCCUCAGAAAGACUGGAGAGGGAGGGUCAGUGCUUAGACUGUCCUCCUGGAAAGUUCUGCGACACACCGGGCCAGGAUAAUUAUAUGGGCGACUGUACUGCAGGCUAUUGGUGCAUCGGGGCAUCGUCAAGUGCCACGCCCGACGACGAUGUGACUGGGGUGGAGUGUCCUGCAGGGAAAUACUGCAUAGAAGGCACUCCGGCCCCAGAGAACUGUCCAGUUGGGACGUGGUCUGAUAGCCUUGGUCUAGAGAAGGCCAGCGACUGCUACCCAUGUUCAGGCGGCUUCUACUGCAACGGCACCGGACUGACAGCUCCGUCAGGACCAUGUGAUCCAGGCUAUUACUGCUCCACCAAUGCAUCCACGGCCACACCCGAGGAUGGCGGCAUCACCGGUGACCCUUGCACGACCGGUCACUACUGCCCCGGUCAGACAACCUCACCGUUGCCAUGUGAGGCAGGGACCUACACUACCGAGACGCAUCGUAGCGAGUGCGAUACCUGUCCGGCCGGAUUCUUCUGCACAACAGGAUACGAACCAGAGGAGUGUCCACAUGGCUUCUACUGUCCGGCUGGAACCGGUUACGACUGGCAGCCCUGCCCGACGGGAUCCUUCUCCAACAUGGCUGGCCUGGCCAAUGAGACCCAGUGCACCCUCUGCUCACCAGGGAAGUUCUGCUCUGAGCUCAACGCGACCAUGGUAACGGCAGACUGCGAGGCAGGGUACUUCUGCACUGAGGGGUCGGACACCGCUACGCCUGAGGUCACUUUUAAAGGAGUGGCUGGAGUAUGUCCCGAGGGUUCCUACUGUCCAGAAGGCUCGGACACUCCCACACCGUGUCCAAGAGGAACGUUUGGAAAUGUCACCAAACUGACCAACUCAAGUGAGUGCACACAGUGUCUAUACAGCCAGUACUGUGAAGUCUUUGGCUUGACCGCUCCGACCGGUGACUGCUACGCCGGGUUCUACUGCCUACGAGGCGCCAAAGAUCCCAACAAUCCGACAGUCGAUUCGACCGGCGGUCCUUGCCCCGUUGGUCACUACUGUCCAAACGGGACGUCGUAUCCACUGGACUGCGAGGCUGGAACGUACAACAACCAGACCGGUCAGUCAGAGUGUGACCCAUGUCCAGCAGGGUAUUACUGUGAAAGCGGUGAUGUCCACUACAGCGACACCCCAUGUCCAACUGGUCACUACUGUCCAGAGGGCACCAAGUCCUCCUACGAGUUCCCUUGCCCCAAGGGCUACUACAACGACUAUGAGGGCAAACACGACCUGGUGGACUGCAAGCCAUGUACACCUGGUCAAUACUGUGGCACUACCGGUCUUAGCACCCCUACUGACCCUUGCGCCCCGGGCUGGUACUGUAUCCGAGGGGCGUGGUCAAGCAUGCCAACAGAUUACGGCUUCAACAACAUCACCACCUCCUGCUUCUGUUCGUCCAAUGCCACUGGAGGGCAGUGUUCGCCUGGAGAGUUCUGUCCCGAGGGAUCCAUUGAACCUACAAGUUGCACACCUGGCUACUAUUGCGAAGAAUACGGAAUGUCUAACGUCACUGGACCGUGCGACCCUGGCUACUACUGUACCCUGGGGGCUUACGAAGCCACACCCACGGACAACGUCACCGGAGCCGUGUGUCCCACGGGCCACUACUGUCCCGAGGCGACCUAUGACCCCAUACCAUGCCCAGCCGGUUACUAUAGCAACACCACAAGGAAUAUGGAACUGGGCGAUUGUAUGCCAUGCUUGCCAGGCUACUACUGCGAGGGUUCCGGCCUGCCCGAGCCAACCGGACCUUGCCAGGCUGGUUACUACUGCCCUGGUGGUCAGAAUACUUCUCAGCCAACAGAAUAUACAUGUACCCCGGGUCACUACUGUGAGGUCGGCAGCUCUGACCUUACCUCAUGUGCUUCCGGGUCGUACCAAGAUGACUUUGGAAUGGAUAUGUGCAAGACCUGUCCUGCAGGCUUCUACUGUGAUGCGACGCUCCAGAAUGAUACCUUCUGCAGCCACAGUGUCCAGAACCCACAGCCAUGUCCCGAAGGCCACUACUGCCCCUCUGGCACCAAAUACGCCAUGGAGUACGCUUGUCCCAAUGGAACCUUUAGUGACCAGACCGGUCUCCAGAUUGCGGGCGACUGCACACCUUGUUCUGGUGGAAUGUAUUGCGCCCGCGAGGGUUUGACCGCGCCAUUUGGCGAGUGCGAGGCAGGGUAUUACUGCAUUCUGGGCGCAUCGUCGCCUACGCCGAGGGAUGGAGUCACAGGGGAUAUUUGUCCUGUUGGAACAUACUGUCCUGCAGGAUCAAACAAGACGUACGACUGUCCACCAUCAACGUACAACCCUACAGAAGGACGUGAGUCCAUCUCAGAAUGUCUUGGCUGUGACGCAGGUGAAUACUGUCCUUCGUACGGCUUGAACGCCACAGCAGGUGACUGUGAUGCAAGAUUCUACUGCGCUGGCAACGCUACUUCGGCAUCACCUACUGAUGGAGACACAGGUGAUGAAUGUCCAGUGGGUCACUACUGUCCAGCAGGGUCAUCUCAGCCGAUCCAAUGUGAACCAGGAACGUAUACUGACACAACACAGAAUGAAGCUUGUCUUCAAUGCACUCCUGGACACUACUGUAUUACAGGCUCCAACCCUGAGGACUGUCCGGCAGGUUUCUAUUGUCCUGAGGGAACUGGACAUGUAUGGCAGUCUUGCCCUAUCGGGACAUUCAGUUCAUCCACUGGUCUGGCUAACGAAACCCAAUGCACUCAGUGCACUGCUGGACAUUAUUGUGACAUGGUCAACGCUACUACAGUAGCAGGUGACUGUGAUGCUGGUUUCUACUGCAGGAGCGGUUCCGACGCCCGGCAGCCCAGUGAGUCGUCCCGCGGUGAUGCAGGAGUGUGUCCAGAGGGCUACUACUGCAUCCAAGGCACCGGGGAACCUGAGCCUUGUCCCGCCUCCACCUUCAACAAUGCUACCGGUAUCGCAAGUUUGGAAGAAUGCCAAGACUGCUUGGAAGGCCACUACUGUGAGAUUCCAGGCCUGAGCUACCCCAGCGGUCAAUGUGACCCGGGCUUCUACUGCCACCUCGGUUCCAACUCCUCCAACCCUAGCGUCGCCUCAUCCACCGGAGGACCCUGCCCCACCGGCUCGUUCUGCGUCGGGGGCAACAGCGACUAUGUCCUCUGCUCGCCGGGAUACUACCAGCCUAAUGAGAGGGAGGACAACUGCCUGGACUGCCCCGCUGGUCAUUACUGCGAAGAGGGUAGCUCAAACUAUACCGUCUGUCCUACAGGUCACUUCUGUCCGCAGAACACCGAGUUUGCGGCUCAGAAUCCCUGCAACAAUGGAACGUUCAACAAUGCUACGGGAGGCAGUAACGUGGAUGCCUGCGAGCUCUGCCCACCCGGAAUGUACUGCCCUGAACGAGGAAUGGAAGAACCCGCUGGUCUGUGCUCUGACGGCUGGUAUUGCAUCCUGGGAGCCUGGAAGGAUAUGCCAACAUCUCUAGGAAACGAUACUGAGUUUGGCUGUGCCUGCCCUAAUGACACCACAGGAGGGCGCUGCAUUGCCGGAACGUACUGUCCGGCCGGUUCAUCGCAACCAAUACAGUGUGAUCCCGGGUAUUACUGCCGCUAUGACGAGCUUGCGAAUGUCAGCGGCCUUUGUGAGGCCGGCCAUUACUGCAGCGGUAGCACCAUCUUGUCCAACCCAGACAAUGAAACCACAGGUGAUGUCUGCCCUAAGGGACAUUACUGCCCGGAGGGAAGCUACGAUGCUCGGCCAUGUAAACCAGGAACGUUCACCAACCAGUACAGCAAUCAGGCUGAAGACGACUGCCAGCCGUGCACCGCUGGCAUGUACUGUGCAGGCUGGGGCCGAGCCUUGCCCAACGCGGAAUGCGACGUCGGCUGGUUCUGCCACGCUAGCUCGACGGCUGCCCAACCCAACGGCAGCCAGUGUCUCUCCGGUCAUCGUUGCCCCGUGGGUAGCCCUGAUCAGAUCCCUUGCCCCUCGGGCGAGUAUCAGCCAUUCGUGGAGCAGGGCGAGUGUGUGGAGUGUCCUGCAGGCUCGUACUGUGAUAGUAACGAGGCUAUCGACGAGGAGCAGAGCGGCGUUGGAGCACCCUCGCAUGGUGUGGUCACGCCCAAGGUUUGCCCUGCAGGUUUCUACUGUCCGAAUGGUACAGAGACAUCACGGGAGUUCCCCUGUCCAGUGGGCACCUACAGCAACACCACAGGUCUGGAGAGUGAGGCGGAAUGCAGAGAUUGCCCCGAAGGCUUUUACUGCGAGGCUGAAAACAUCACCGAGCCCACCGGCCUCUGCAGCCCGGGCUACUUCUGCGUCCUCCGGGCUUACACUCCCCAACCCGACGGCUUGGACGCCACCGGGGGCCCCUGUGAACAGGGCACCUACUGCACAGAGGGGUCCUCCUACCCCGCUCACUGCCCCAAGGGAACGUUCGGUCACGUGGACAAGCUGCCGGCUGAAUCCAACUGCACGGACUGCUGGCCGGGGUAUUACUGCAUGGAAGUGGGUCUGACUGAACCCAAUGGGACUUGCUACCCAGGCUUUUAUUGUUCACUAGCGGCCAUCGAGCCCAACCCGACAGGUCAAUCCUAUGGUGACGUGUGUCCAGUCGGUCACUACUGUCCCGAGGGUAGCUACGCACCAGAGCCAUGUCUAGCAGGUACCUACCAGCCUCACGAUAUGAUGACGAACGAUACGGCGUGCCUGCCCUGUACAUCGGGCAUGUACUGCAAUACCACGGGUCAAGCAGCAGAGACAGGUGAAUGCUAUGCCGGGUUCUACUGCACCCUCGGAGCAAGCAACCCCGCCCCACAGGAUGGCGUGACGGGUAAUAUCUGCCCCCCUGGGUCUUACUGUGAGCAAGGCUACCCCACCCAUGUCUACUGCCCCAACGGAACCUACACCAAUUACUCUGGGGCAGACGCCUGUGAUGAUUGCCCUCAAGGAUACUACUGCGUGAAUCGCGACCGAGCUGACCCUUGUAUCACCGGUCACUACUGUCCAGCUAAGACCGGUGCUGACCUUCACAAGUGUCCUCAGGGCACCUACAAUCCUCAGAUGGGUAUAUACCAAGAGGGCCAGUGCCUCCAGUGCGACGGGGGCAAUUACUGCCAGGAACCGGGGCUGUCCGACGUCUCGGGCAACUGCUCGGCUGGACACUACUGUGAAUACGGAGUGGACAUGCCAGAGCCGACAGGUGUCGGUAACACUGGACUAGGCAACAUUUGCCCACAGGGCCACUAUUGCCCCGAGGGCAGUGUUGUCCCGCUCGGUUGCCCCGCAGGCCACUACACAGAGCUUACAACCCAGGAGACGUGCACAGCCUGCCCCGAGGGCUACUACUGUCUUCAGAACGCAACGACAUAUGAGGAUACUAUCUGCCCAGAAGGUUAUUAUUGCCCAGAGAUGACUGCCAGUCAAUACGAGAACCCAUGUCCUAUGGGAUCUUACAACCCGGUCAACGGAAGCAACGAUCUUGAAGACUGUCUCUCCUGUCCACCUGGUGAAUUCUGUGAAACCGAUGGCCUAAGCGCACCUUCAGGUAACUGCAGUGAUGGGUGGUACUGCACAGGAGGAUCCUACAUGGCCGAACCCCAACAAUCAGACAACGCCACCGACCUGUCCGAGUGCUCUUGCCCCCUUACCAAUUACACUGGGGGCAAGUGCUGGCCGGGAACGUAUUGUCCCAGUGGAAGUUACUACCCGGUGCCCUGCGAUGCCGGAUCCUAUUGUAUGGACUAUGGAUUGGCUGAGCCUCAGGCUCUUUGUGAUGCAGGUUAUUACUGUAAUGGUAGUGCUUCCCAGCCUGAUCCUGACUAUGGUAUCUGUCCAGAGGGAUACUACUGUGUGGAAGGAUCGCCUACACCUACGCCAUGCCCGGCAGGGACAUUCUCUAACACCACACAGAACACUGAACGCUCCAACUGUCUGGACUGCAUCUCCGGCAUGUACUGUGCCGGCAACGCCUUGACCGCUCCUUCAGACGAAUGCGAUCAGGGCUACUACUGCCCGGCUGGUCAAGACACGGCCGCACCCGAGGAGUAUAACUGUACCAUUGGUCACUUGUGCGUGACGGGCAGCCCUGACCCAAGCCCUUGUCCGUCCGGAGAGUACCAGGAUGAAGUAGGAGCAUGGGAGUGUAAGGAGUGCAGCCAAGGAUACUACUGCGACGCAAACGAAGCGGCCACAUUCUAUGGCGUUGUAUCUCACGGUGUCGUCAACCCGACGGUCUGCCCAGCCGGUUCCUACUGUCCACCUGGCACGGAAUCUGCCACGCAGUUCCCCUGCCCCUACGGAACCUUCAGCAACAGGACCCAGCGGGACAGUGCAGAUGACUGCCAGGCCUGUCCUGGAGGCACCUACUGUGAUGAUCUAGGCUUGAUCGAAUACAAGGACCUGUGUGAUGCGGGCUUUGUGUGCGUGUCCGGUGCGAACAACUCCCAUCCCAUCGACGGAGAGACAGGUUACGAAUGCCUGCCAGGCUACUACUGUCCAAAGGGUUCAGACCAGGGGGUUAAGUGUCCACAGGGAACGUUCAGUAAUGAGACGGGACUGGAAAACGUUACAGAGUGUGAACUGUGCACCCCUGGUUAUUACUGCUUAACUGAAGGACUGACUACCCCUAGUGGAGAGUGUCAGGAGAGCCACUACUGCACUCUGGGGGCCAUCAAUCCCAACCCCUCUGGGGAGAGCUACGGUGACGACUGCCCCGCUGGGUCAUACUGCCCCGAGGGUAGCCCCGCACCGGAGAACUGUCCAACGGGGACCUACAAUCCUCUGUCUAACCAGGCCAACUUGACCGAUUGCUUGGAUUGCCCCGGCGGCAAGUACUGUGCGGAACAGGGCAUGACAAACUACACAGGUGACUGUGAUGCUGGUUUCUACUGUGUGGGAGGGGCUGAUAAUGCCACACCCAUGGGCGGUGAUACCGGUGAUGUUUGUCCGGCAGGAGCAUUCUGUGUCCAAGGAAGCAGCUACUAUGAACCCUGCGCAGAUGGUGACUACAUGAACCACACCCAAGCCGAUGCCUGCUACACCUGUCCCGCCCGCUACUACUGCUACUCCAACAAGAUCAACCCGCUGCCUUGCCCAAUGGGAUACUUCUGUCCCCUGGGAACGGCGCUACCCGAUGACCUUUGCCCUAUGGGUACCUACGGUCCAACAGAGGAGCUAGCGACAGCAGACGAGUGUGCCCAGUGCGACCCUGGAUACUAUUGCGACACACCGGGUAGGGUCAACGUGACUGGACCCUGUACCUCAGGAUAUUACUGUGAGACUGGUGUGAACACACCCGCCCCCAACAGCAAUAACACUGGAGUUGGAGGACCAUGCCCAGAGGGAACGUACUGUCCCGGAGCCACUCCAGAACCCAUCUCCUGCGAGGCUGGAACCUACAACUCACUCACCACCAAGGCUGCUUGCCUGGACUGUGAACAAGGCUACUACUGCGUCGCCAACUCAACCACCUACAUGGAUUCACCAUGCCCUAGAGGUUAUUACUGCCCAACUGGAACGGAAUACUCCACACAGUACCCAUGCCCUGCAGGGACAUAUAACAACAGGACCAGAGCCGAUGACGUCUUUGACUGUAUGCCUUGUACAGCUGGCAAGUACUGUGAAGGCGAUGGGAACGAUGUCCCGACUGCUGACUGUGCCCCAGGCUGGUACUGCACCCGGGGUGCCUACAGCAGCAAACCUCAACCGGAGGUGAAUGAGACUCUCAUCUCAGAGCUCAUGGUGGACUGUCCAGUCUACUCGCUCAACAGCACUGGAGACAUAUGCCCACCAGGUACAUACUGCCCUCAAGGUUCAGACCAACCACUGCAAUGCCCUCCUGGAGAGUUCUGUGAGGAUUACGCCAACGCCAUCCCCGACGGUGACUGCGUGGCGGGAUAUUUCUGCAACGGAAGCGCGGAGGUUCGCAACCCCGUGACCUGCUCACCGGGAUACUACUGCCCCGAGGGAACAACCAUUGAGGAACCUUGCCCACCAGGAACAUUCUCACCAUUUUCGAUGAACACCAACAUCAGCGACUGCUUGCUGUGUACCGCUGGUAUGUACUGCGAGAACUACGGCCUGGACAGCCCUACGGCCGAGUGCGCCGCUGGCUACUACUGCCCCGAGGGCCAGAACACGUCGCAGCCGACGGACCUGGCCUGUAGCCCCGGGCACUUCUGUCAGCAGGGCAGCUGGAACCAGACCGGUUGCCCGUCGGGCUACUACCAGCCCCACUGGAAGCAGAGCGAUUGUGAUGUCUGCCCCGAGGGGUCCUACUGCAAGGCAUUUGGGGACUACGAGACCUUGGAUGCCGAAAACAUCACCGAAUCUGGCAACUUCACCGGCCGUUACCGCAGUUACCGGGGCGUGGACGUUCCCGCAAUCUGUCCAGGAGGGUCAUACUGCCCCGAGGGAACGGAAUUCGGCACCCAGUACCUAUGCCUUGAAGGAACAUACAGCAACCAGACUGGACUUUACAACGAGACACAGUGCACGCUGUGUGAACCUGGAAUGUACUGCCCUGGAGAAGGAAACAUCACCCCAUUCGACUACUGCGCCCCAGGCCACUACUGCACCCAGGGAGCGUCCAGUGCCACGCCCAUCGACGGAGUCACAGGUGACGAGUGUCCAGCGGGUCGGUACUGCGAGACCGGUAGCAUCACAGGAGUGGGCUGCCCCAAGGGUACAUUUAGUAACCAGACUGGUCUGAUGGGUGCUGACCAAUGCUGGAAUUGCACCGCUGGUCACUUCUGUGGCCGUACUGGAUUGACCGCUGUCUCCGGACCAUGCUGGGCAGGCUACUAUUGCUUGGGCUCAUCUGAGGAAGCCGCCCCAGUGGGCAAGGCCUAUGGAGACGUCUGCACACCGGGCCACUACUGCCCCAAUGGGACGGACGUCCCGGAGCCCUGCCCUCCAGGAACUUUCCUUGACAUUGCAGAAGCGGAGGAAUUAGAUGACUGUGUGCUCUGUAGUGCAGGAUCUUACUGCGAGACCCCCGGCAAGACCAAUGUGACGGCUGAAUGUUCGGAAGGCUUCUACUGCUCAGGGGGCUCCAAUCAGAGUAACCCACAGGAUGGAAUCACAGGUGACAUCUGCCCAGCCGGUUACUUCUGCGAGCUUGGCUCCGUAGCCCCCGUCCCAUGCCCCAACGGAACCUAUGUCAACCACACCGGAGCAGCUGCAUGCUACGUCUGUCCCGCUGGCCGACAGUGUAUCCACGGCGACACCGCUGACCUUUGCCCCCAGGGCUACUACUGUCCCGAGGGCACGGGCCACGACGCCAUCGCCUGCCCUGCUGGCUACUUUGGCAACAGCAGCGGGUUGGCCCAGGAAUCAGAGUGCACGCCUUGCACAGGUGGAUAUUACUGCAGCACACCUGGUCUCGGUCGUGAAGACAGCCAAUGCACGCAAGGCUUCUAUUGCGAAUACGGUGUCGACGUGGCCACGCCUUCUGGUAGCCAUACCGGAGUGGGCGGAGUCUGUCCUGAAGGAAGCUACUGCCCGACGGGUUCGGUUCUUCCUUUGGAGUGUGACGCUGGCACCUACACCAGUAGCCCACAGCAAUCCUCAUGUGAUGCAUGCACAGCCGGCUACUACUGUCCAUCCAACACCAGUGACCCUACCAUAGCAAUCCUCAUGUGA